AUGUCAAUGGGGCUUGGCGAGGCUACUUCAGAUGAGAGUGCUGCACCUGGCAAUGCAGAUGCAACUCCAGUGGUGUCCUCACACCCAAACCGUCCUUCUCUGGCUGAUUUCAUUUGCUUUGCCACGGAUCCGAAGUUGGAUGGCUCUGCUGAAGGCAAAGCAUUGCUGCCCAUUGCCAGGAGUUUGCUGUCACAGGUGGCCUAUGCAAGCCGAAUGCGCAUCGAGUUCCACGAGAUAGCGCCAGGAGUACAGAAGUUGGCGCAAGCGUCUUCGCUGCUUCCAGAGUCGAUGUGGCGAAGCACUCGCUUGACAUCAAGUAUGUGCACUGGUGUCUAUACUGCAGAGAUGUCUUUGGCCGCAGCUGUCAACAUCAUCAACAGGUCCAAAGUACUUGACUUCCGGGUGGAUAUCAGAUGUGCAGCUGUCUGGGAAAGAGACACACGGUGCCACCAGUCCAUCUACGACAACCACUGGUGGACCAACCGUGUGACCGACUCAGACCAUGAGCUGCCUUGCGUCUUCCUGGACGCCAAGAAAGGUCGGAUGUUUGAAGAGGGCCCCUCGGGUCCAAUUUUCGUACUGUGGGCCCUGAGACUCAGAAGGUACCGAGUCCCCCUUGCAGUGCUGGAAAACGACCUGAAGAUCUCCGUGGUCAUUUCGCUGCUGGGUGACAUGUUCUACAUCUUUCCCAUCUAUGUGGACAUGCAGGACGUUGGCCAUUCCGGGGUGAGCCGGCGCCGUGUGUACACAAUUGUUGCCUUGAAGGAGGCAGUUGACAUCAUCAAAAAUCCCAUAGAAAUGUAUUCCGAGGUGGUGGAUUUCCUCAAUACUUUGAUGGAGUCUUGGGGUGGAGGGACAGUCCCAUCUGAUUACCUCACUGCGGAUGCCACUGAAAUUCAGUUGGAUGCAAUGGAGACGUCCCGUACAUCGGGAAAACUCUUCCGAUCCAACGUCACCGACUUGAGCUACCUCCUGUCAGAGAAUGAGGCAGCAUACAUCAAGGGCUACACUGAGGCCUAUGAAACACGUUUCCCAGGGGAAAAG